AUGGUGGACUUCGGUUCGAAUGAUACCCUUUCCCUAGCCUCGUCCGGGGUUCUGCGUACAGCGUUUCUUGAUGAACUUGCCAAUCAUCCCCAUUUUGAGGUUGGUAGUAAAUCCACGCGGAUAUUUGAAGGGUCUACCCAGUACCUUCUGGACCUGGAAGACCAUAUGGCCCAGUUCCAUCGAGCAGAAUCGGCACUGUUUUUUCCGUCUGGCUAUGAGGCCAAUAUGGCUAUAUGGUCAACUAUUCCGCAGCCUGGUGAUGUUGUGGUUUACGACGAGUACAUCCAUGCCAGUAUCCAUGACGGAAUGCGCAAUGGGAGAGCAAUGACUCGAAUGUUCGCCCAUAACAGCUGCAAGUCCCUUCGAGAGUGUCUCUUGGACAUACGUCAGGAGUUUCCAACUGUGGCGAAUGGGGAACAAACGGUAUUCAUUGCUCUUGAGUCAUUCUACAGCAUGGAUGCCGAUAUGGCACCUGUCCAUGAAAUGGUAAAGUUGGCAAAAGAGAUCCUACCCCAAGGUGAUGUAGCCUUUUCUAUUGAUGAAGCCCAUUCAAAUGGCUUGAUCGGUGAAAACGGAUCAGGAUUUAUCUGUCAUUACGGCCUCGAGGACGAGUUUGCCAUCAGACUGCACACGUGUGGUAAGGGGCUCGGCUCAACUGGAGCUGCUGUACUUGCCAACCCCUCCAUCCGCUCCUAUCUGAUCAACUAUGCGAGAGGCCUGAUUUUCUCUACUGCUCCCGCAUUUCCAUCGUUGGCGGCUGUAAAGGCAGGAUACACCGUUCUAGCUAGCAAGGAAGGCGAAAAUCGUCGAAUUCGUCUGCACAAUAACAUUCGCCAUUUCUAUGAAACGCUCACUGGUCAUUCCGAAUGGGCAAAAUGUGUAUUCGGUGGAAUUAUCAGCCUCCAUACCGAGAAGACCUGGGAUGCAGAGUCAUUCAAUGCCCCAAUUAUCCCACUCGUCACGGAACUUGGACAAGCAGUCAGCCUGGCCAAGAAAUUACAGAAAUCCGGUUAUCAGGUCAAUCCUGUGUUCUACCCUCUCGUGCCUCGAGACAAGGAGCGAGUCAGGCUGGUCAUUCAUGCAGACAAUACAGUGGCCCAGAUUGAGGGGGCCGUAAACGUAAUCAUGGAAUGGUCGUCGGAACGUUCAGGGGGCCAGUUUGGGAAAUCAGCCAGUCUUGUGUCCGAUGAAGACAUGUAUCAAAACACAGCCUUUUCUGAUUAA